UAAAUCAUAUAAAGGUUACAAAACAUUCAUUAAUAUUUCCGCUGACCAAAGUAAGUUCUUUCGCAAAACUGGAAGUUCAUUGACUAAUUCAGAAGCGUGCUUGCUUCAUAGCCCGUUUUACUGACGUGCUGAAACAUUGAAAUAUCGGGUUGCCCGGUGUUUUUAAUUUCCGCGAUGACUGGGUCAUCGAAUAUCUUUCUGCGUUUUCCUUGGGGUCAGCUAUUCAGCGAUAACUUUUCUUUGUCAAUUUCUGUCCCUUUCCCUAAAGAGCGCCGGAUUUCCGUUAAAUGUGCUCCUCCUCUGCAUUGUAAUGCCCGAUAUACCUGCAAUAUAAUUUGUCUAUAAAUAAACCGCCACCGUCGUUGGCGAUUCCCUUUAUCUUUGUAAACCUUACCCUAAGUCCAAUUAUACGUCGCUUUCCAAACUAUCCUGCAGUUUGUUACCGCUUAGUGCAUCAUUACCGGUGAAAUAGUACUUAUCUAUGCUUCAUAAUUUUCCCCUAAAAUCUCCAGUUUACUUACAUUCGUUACCGUCGAGCAUCUGUCGUUUCGUUGGACAACAAUGCAGAUCGCAGCUCCUAUAUUUGUUGGAGCGGCAUUCUUGCUAUUUACCAUCUCUUGCGCGUCUUCGGAUAACCUUUUCGAUUACCAAACAUAUGAUAAGCGACGCCUGACCUCCGCCGAAAAUCUGGAUCUUGCCGACAGUUUACUGCUGCUCCAAAACCUCCUUGCCGAGAACAAGAAAAGCAAAGCAGGUGGACUUUUCGCUGGCGAUAACUUCAAUACCAAGCGUGCUCCUGAUUUUUCACUUUCGCGUUCUGGGCGACUGGAUUUGGGAUUCGGGCGAUCUCACUCUGGAUCCCAGAUCGCAUCGUUCACCAGCGCAAACCAAAAUGCGCUUUCGCCAGAAGGACCGGGAAGAAAGCGACGCUAAUGCAUCACACGAACAACACAUGGCGAUCCGCCGGUGUUGCCCUUAUCGCUACCACAAGAACCGCCUCCCACGUUACGUUAGCCCAGAUAUAGGAUGCCUUUUUUCAUAGAUAUUGUAGCAUUGUAGAUGCUUAAUCCGAAGCUUAAUGAUGCUGAUUGCUUAAUGAAGAUACUUAAUGAAGUCCCGAAUGCUUUACGUAUUCUAUGUGUCUCAAGCCUAAUGAAGAUCAUAAUUACUGUCUUGCAUACCGUAAUUGGUACUGUUCCGCACCACCGAUUAUAACGCCACAAUUAUAAGUGCAAGCUGCUUGUGAUACUGAUACUUUGGCUUUGUAUAAUGUUCAACAGUUCAUCGUAUCUUAUUGUUCAAAUCAGUUAUUAUAUUAUGAUUUUGAGAUCUAUUUUUAGCACAACAUUUUUUUGCGUUGCUUUCUCAUCCAUCUGGGGUGACCAAUUAAACCGG